CCUUAGUAUAUGUAAUAUAACAUUUGUAUGUAAAUGUGUCCUUUUUCAAAAGACGUACUGAAUAUCAAUUAUUAUUAAUAAGAAGGCUAUUGAUCAUAAUAACAAAGACGAAUUCAAAAGCAAAAUGGAUUUCGGGUAGCUUUUUAUGAGCAGAAGAGAACAUUCCAAACAAUUAGUUCAAAAAUGGAAGAUAAGGUGGUAAAUGACAAACUGUAUAAAGUACUUCUUGAUGUUGUCGGUACAGAGAAAGACAUUCGUUCCAGACAAGAAAUAUUUAAAUAUAUGGGCAUGAUUAAUAGUUUCGGUGAUAGAGAUUCUAUUUCAAUAUCUGGAGGAAGUCUUUCAGAAGGUUUUGACCUGAAAGGUAGUGACGAAGAUAUUAUGCUUGUCCUCAAGAAUGUAGACGUACUUCCCAUAGACGAGAAAGCGACACUCGAUAAAGAUACUCUCAGAGUAAACAUGCAAGAAGAUGAACUGCGACCCGGGUACGCAAGCCUGUUUCUGUCUGAAGACCAGGAAAGCUUUGUUAAUAACGAAGAAAAUUCAAGAAGGACGGAAAUACUUAAUAUAAAACGAUCUCUUCAGAAGUCUGGUGGGAAAUGUAUAGUAGCAAGCGCAAGAUUUAGGGGCCAGUUCAUAAUACCUGGUAACACAAGCCAUGGUCCGUGUAUUAGUGAUGGAGUAUUUGAUUUCGCCAUAAGUUUACACGGAUCCUUAUGGCCGCGGAUUGCAAAACAGAGAGUUACCACAUGUACUAGUAAACGAUGGCUUUCUGACAAAUUAGUGAACGAACUCCUAACAGAUGGUUGCAUGUAUGUACCUGUUGGACCAAGACAUUAUUAUUCCGGAACAUUAUGGAGAAUGUCGUUUGCCAUAGCAGAAAAGCGCCUAAUUUUGUCAAUGCGACAUAUCCAUUGGCUGUGUUAUGGUCUAUUAAAAGUAGUGUUUAAAGAGGGUCUUGGUAAAACACUUACGGACAAGGAUAUCAUAUGUUCUUAUUAUCUAAAGACAUGCCUUUUCUGGUUGACUGAAGAAACAGAUAACGAUGAGAAGAUCUGGAACAAGGACAAUCUAUUUACUUGCUACAUGAUGUGCCUUGACCAGCUAAUCAAAUGGGUAGAGACGUGUAAUUGUCCAAACUAUAUGAUACCUGAUAACAAUAUGUUCAAAGGAAAGGUACAUGAAAAUAACAAGCCGGACAUUUUGAAAACUCUCGUUCAAUUGAAAUGCUCUGGAUAUAAAGGAUUAUACCUUUGCGAAUCUUUACGCCCAUACAUGGAAACUGACACAUCAAUGACAGCAGCAGACCGUGAAGCUAAGCUAGACUUUCUGUGUUUCAGAGUAUUACACGUUUAUCCGUUCGACGACAUGGAUCUUCUGAUAUCUGCACUGGAAAGAAUGGAAAAUGAAUAUGACAAGCAAGUACAACCUUUUGCAAAAGGAGUAAUUGGCACUCUGGUAUCUUGUCUCCACCAAGAGCUAGCGCAGAUGAUACAUGUCUCUGAAGAUGAAGAUGGUGCACAGCGUAAAGAAUUACGACGGCUGCAAAAAGAACAUUUACGGAAAGGGUGCAGAUCAGACCGACUGUGUGGUCUUAUUCUACUAGCAUCUUUUCAUUGUACAGCUAGAAACUACUACACGGCCCUUGAAAUAUUGAAUACUGUCUGCCGCAAAAUGAUGCCUGAUGCCGGUCUGUUGCUUCGGCGAAAUCCGUCUUACACGCAAGAAGAGAUACGUGUGUACACUGAAAAGUUCUGUGGACGUGGUGCGAGUUUAGAAAAUAAAUUUAAUGCUGCUUGUGUAAGGAAAUUGGUACUUCUUGACAAUUCUUCAAUUGUGCCUGAGGAAUUUCAGCCAGAAGUGUUCAACUAUCGUCCGCUGAAUAUGAUUUCUCCUACAGUGUAUGCAUAUUCUUUGAAGUUUGUAUGCUGUCACCAUUCUAAUGAUGAAAAGAAAGCACUGGAAACACUGGCAAUUCUGGAUCACAUUAUUGAAACACGGUUCCUCAUCUCAUCUGUCGGGGCCAUUUACUCCACUGACUGCACAGUUGUCGCUGCGUGUUAUGAGGCGCAAGGAAAUUACGAUACCGCUAGAAAGUAUUACACAACAGCUUUAAACUGUGAUCAAGUUUGUAGAAGUACGAAAUACCGCCUGCAGCGCCUUGAAAAACGUCUCGUCAGCCGCCUUCCUAAACACGAACAUUACAAUGAUGCUUAGUCUUGUAAAACGACUUGUCAGCCGCCCUCCUAAACACGGACAUUACAAUGAUGCUUUGUCUUGUAAAACGACUCGUCAGCCGCCCUCCUAAACACGAACAUUACAAUGAUGCUUAGUCUUGUAAAACGAUCGACUCGUCAGCCGCCCUCCUAAACAAGAAUAUUACAAUGAUGCUUAGUCUUGUAAAACGACUCGUCAGCCGUCCUCCUAAACACGAACAUUACAAUGAUGCUUAGUCUUGAAAAACGACUCGUCAGCCGCCCUCCUAAACACGAACUUAACAAUGAUGCUUAGUCUUGAAAAACGACUCGUCAGCCGUCCUCCUAAACAAGAACAUUACAAUGAUGCUUAGCCUUGUAAAACGAUCGACUCGUCAGCCGCCCUCCUAAACAAGAACAUUACAAUGAUGCUUAGUCUUGUAAAACGAUCGACUCGUCAGCCGCCCUCCUAAACAAGAACAUUACAAUGAUGCUUAGUCUUGUAAAACGACUCGUCAGCCGCCCUCCUAAACACGAACAUUACAAUGAUGCUUAGUCUUGAAAAACGACUCGUCAGCCGCCCUCCUAAACACGAACUUUACAAUGAUGCUUAGUCUUGAAAAACGACUCGUCAGCCGCCCUCCUAAACACGAACAUUACAAUGAUGCUUAGUCUUGUAAAACGAUCGACUCGUCAGCCGCCCUCCUAAACAAGAACAUUACAAUGAUGCUUAGUCUUGUAAAACGACUCGUCAGCCGCCCUCCUAAACACGAACUUUACAAUGAUGCUUAGUCUUGAAAAACGACUCGUCAGCCGCCUUCCUAAACACGAACAUUACAAUGAUGCUUAGUCUUGUAAAACGAUCGACUCGUCAGCCGCUCUCCUAAACAAGAACAUUACAAUGAUGCUUAGUCUUGUAAAACGACUCGUCAGCCGCCCUCCUAAACACGAACAUUACAAUGAUGCUUAGUCUUGUAAAACGACUCGUCAGCCGUCCUCCUAAACAAGAACAUUACAAUGAUGCUUAGUCUUGUAAAACGACUCGUCAGCCGCCCUCCUAAACACGGACAUUACAAUGAUGCUUAGUCUUGAAAAACGACUCGUCAGCCUUACUGCAGAGACUACUUAGUUUAAUUAAAAAUGAAUGUACAUGAACUCAUAUGAAAUAAAGAAGGACAAUACUAAGACCUCACAGAAACCUAGCUUGUUUAAAGUGAAGUCGUUCAUUAGGGUUACGUAAUUGCGUAGCUAUUUUCAUUUGGUUUGUUCAAUUUGGCAGUUGUAAAUCAAAGUAUGUUUAUAAGUUUUAUGAAAAAGAGCUUUGUAUAACCUA